AUGUUUAAUUUCUCCAUUUCCACAUAUCUCCACCUUCCCAGGCACAGCCAUGCGCUAGCUGUGGCCGGGAAUAUAGCUUUCCUGUUUGGAGGGGUGUCCACCAUAUCCCAUGAGGAGGAGCAGCCAGUAUAUUUGAAUGACUUCUACAUGCUCACAGUUUCAGCCGCUCACAUCACAUGGGAGGUGAUGCCACAGAAUGGGGUUGUACCCUCAGCAAGAGAAGGACACACACUUUGUGUGGUUAAAGGCAAGCUCUACCUGUUUGGAGGUGUGGCCAGUCCGCAGGCUGGAGAAUGUCUUCCUGGAGUCUACUGCUUUGACAUAGUGUCAUUGACGUGGGAGCGGCUUGCCACAGGGGGUGUGUCUCUUAGAACCAUCAGACACAGUUCCGUCUCCGUGGGAGACAACAUUUAUGUCUACGGUGGGCUCCUAGACGGUGUCCCCACUGAUGACCUCAUGGUGUUCAACACAGUCUCUCUGAACUGGACCCCAGUCAAGACCACUGGCACUCUGCCAUCUGCAAGAUACAACCACACGUUUGCUGUAGUCAGUGAGCAGGUGUUCAUGUUUGGGGGAUGUGCUGAGGAUGGCUGCUACUACAAAGACGUUCAUGUUCUCAACACGGAAACCCUGGUGUGGCAGAGGUAUGGUGUGAAGGGGGAGUCGCCCCUAGCCUGUGCAGGUCAGACCCUCACAGCACAUCAUGACAAGGAUAUUUACUUGUUUGGUGGAAAAUGCACCAGUCAGGAUGGAACAGUCACAUCAACCAAUGAAAUUCAUAAAUUAAGCAUUGCUAAGAUGAAAUGGAAGGUGCCUCUCUAUGUGGGGAUUCCUCCGGCCCGCCGUCAUGACCAUACAGCCUUCAUCCUUCACAGCCAUAUAUAUGUAUUUGGUGGCAAAAAUGAAGAACAAGAAUUCAAUGACCUGAAGGUGAUGAAAUUGAUUAACCCAUCCGAAAGACAGCCAGUGAUGAAGGAGAUUCUAUCUGAGUUUGGGCUUCAGGGAGUCAGCCAUGGCUUUGCGCCAACAAAGGUCCCCAAUGUCAAGUAUGAGCUGAGUGAGUCUCCAUCUCUGCUUUCUGUGAGGACGGAUGCAGCUGCCUCUGCACAGGUUACAGCCCAAAGAGACUUCAGUGCCGUCCGAGAUGAGGCGAUGGAUAUGAUCCAUAAAGCUUUCUCCAUGCUUGAUGGAGAGUUUCAGAAGCUUGACAGAGAAAGGUCAGAGCUUGCUCAGUCUGCAGCUGCUCUUCAGUACAAGAGAGAAUCUCACCAAGCCCACCAUCAGCAACAGGAGGAGGAACUACAGGAAAUGAUUGAGCGACACAGAGCCCAGAAUGAGACCUGGCUACGUGCACGGGCAGAGGAGAAUGACAAGGAAAGGAAGGGGCUGUGUAAACUCAGGGAGGAGAUUGUGCACGAGCAGGGUAGACUGGAAGAGGAGCAGGAAAACAUCCAGAAACGCAGCGAACAUCUCCUAUCCAUCAUGCAACAGUUUAAAGGCAUGUGAAGACACGUAACCGUGGCAACCAACUUGGCCGUGCAGAGUUUGUGGGUCUGGCUUACUUUCCAAGGAUGACCAACUCAAAAGCAUCUGUAAAAAGGAAAUGUGACAUUCAUUUGUGUUUUUCCACUGGUGGGUGUGUUUGAAUAGUUAGCAUUUUGUGCAUAGCUAAGAUGAACUUUUGUUGUCUUUUGCCAGAUAGCCAUAAUAUCUUUAGUGAGACAGGGGGAUAUGGAAUCAGGAAUGGUUGCUAAAAAAUUCCUAGGACAUAUCAAAAUUGGUCAUGAUAGAUCUCAACAAAAUGUUGUAAAGGAGAAUAAUUAACUGAGUUGUAGAUUGAUGUAGCCUAAUCAUGUUCAUAAAAAUGUUGGAUUAUUUGGCAUAUUUUGUCAAAUCUGCAUAAAACAACUUUCUGUUCCCUCAUCUUUCAAAUAAUCCUACACUGAAGGCUUACACUUUUAUGAACAUACUUUAAAAUAACUGACAGAAUGUUAUAUUCUAAAUGUGGGCAAACCAGAUAUUUUCUUAGGCAAACCCUGUGUGGGAAUAGAUAACUCACAAAUUAAACCAAAAAAAUAAUAGAAAAAAUGCUUUGCAUAAGAAUUGGUUGUCAAUUAAAUAAUUUACUCAAAGUGCUUUCCUAUUGUCCUCCAAUUGUUACCAGCCCUGUCACAGCAUAGAGAUUAAAUUAAAUGAAUAAAGUAUU